UGCAAUCACAAACACAAUCUCUUAAACCCUCAUUACAUACAACCUUCUGUUUUCUCUUCUUGCAAACAUAGCAAAUCAAAAUGUCUCAUUCCAUAUUCAUUAUAUUCCUUUUCAUUGCAAUCGCGACAGUCACAACCGCCGCAAAAGAAUACUUCGUCGGUAACCACGUCGGUUGGCGGAUUCCCCCUCCUAACGAAACCGAAAUCUACACCAUCUGGGCUUCACGAAGACGGUUUUACAUCGGAGAUACUCUUCGGUUUCGGUACAGUGCCAGUUCGGUUGUGCAGGUUGAUAAAUAUGGGUUCUACCACUGUGAUUCUACUCAUCCAAUAUCGUUUUCUGUUGAUGGAAACACGGUUGUGAAACUUGACAAAGUGGGUACGGUUUAUUUCAUUAGUGGGAACUCAGAACGGUGUAGUAAAGGGCAAAGGAUGAUUGUGAAUGUGAACAAUGUGCGACAACAUUAUCCGCCUGCGGCUCAUCCGCCGUGUAACCAGUAUUAUUCUCUGGCACCUUCUCCUUCUCAGGGUUAUGGUUCGGGUUCGGGUGCUGGUGCUGGUGCGGGUGCUUUGUUGGAUUCUGGUUCAGCUGUUUUGGCUUCGGCUUCGGUUAUGGCUCUUGUUGUUGCUCUAGCAGGUCUUGGAUUGUGCUUGGUGGAGGGUUAGAUUUGGUUUGGAUUUUGGGUUUAUGGUUAUUUGAAGUUAUGGUUUAAUAUUUUGGAUUUUUGAUUGCU